UGCGCGCAGAAUCGUAGCGUGGAAUGGCGAGCAGGCUCGCGCGUCGCUUGAGGAGACAUUCGUUGCCAUGGAGACAGAGGCUCGUGCCGCGGGCGACGGUGAGGCUCGGACGUUCGGCAGCACGCGCUUCUAUCUGCUCGUCGUGAUCGGUGAAGUUCCAGCGGAGUGCGCGCUGAAUAAAGUGAAAGAGCAAUUAAAACAAGGUCUUCGUUCAUGGGAAAUCGAUCUGACCGUCUGCGAUUUGAACAAGGAGCUACAGCUCUUCAUAUCUAAACAUUCAGCUCAGUUCUCCUCAGAGGUGAAAGGACAAAGGAUUCUGCAAUACAAGAGCAAUGUCCUUGAGACAGUUGUAUUAGUGAAUCCAUCUGUGGACAACAUUUCAAUAGAGAUCCGAACGCUCCUCUGUGACUCAUCUGAACACAAGUUAUUGGUCCUGAGUGGUCAGAGCACUGAACAAGGGGGUGACCUCAUCGUGAACGGUGGAGUGUUUGACUGGAAGAACUUCUCCGACAUCAUCACAAAUCAAAGAAUUAAGAACUUCUUGAGCCAGUCAGGUCCAGGUGAGCGAGCGUGUCUGACUGUGUGUUGUGAAGACGAGGGGGCCUGGAGCUCCCUAAAGCUCAAGCAGGAGCAGGACAUUCUGGAUUACAGAUUAAACCCUGACCCUGUGCUGCCCGAGAUGGAGGGUGUUACAGAGUUUACAGAUUACGUCUCUGAGACUGUAGACAUUGCUUCUCCGUUUGAGCUCCUAGAGCCACCUAGCUCGGGGGGAUUUCUGAAGUUGUCGAAGCCCUGCUGCUAUAUCUUCCCUGGAGGCAGGGGUGACUCUGCCCUGUUUGCAGUCAAUGGCUUUAACAUUUUGAUCGACGGUGGUUCAGACCAGAAAUCUUGCUUCUGGAAACUGGUGCGGCACUUGGAUCGGAUUGAUUCGGUUCUGCUUACCCACAUUGGAGCUGACAAUCUCCCUGGGAUAAACGGACUGUUGAGGAGAAAGAUCGCAGAGCAAGAGGAAGACCAUUCUCAAGGCUCAAAUGCCUAUGGAGAAUGGAUGAAAAACCUGCUUUCACCUGAGCUUGGUGUGGUUUUCUUUAAUGUCCCGGACAAGCUAAAGACAUCUGAAUCGACUUUGAAAGUUAAACGGAGCAUCGAGGAGGCAUCUCUUACAUUGCAGUACCUCACUAAAUUAGGUAUUAAACCUGAGCCCUUGAAUCGAGUUGUUAGCAACACAAUCGAGCCUGUAACCCUUUUCCACAAAUUGGGUGUUGGCAGAUUAGACAUGUACGUUCUAAAUCCAGUCAAGGACAGUAAAGAAAUGCAAUUUUUCAUGCAGAAGUGGGCAGGCAACAGUAAAGCCAAGACCGGUAUCAUGAUGGCCAACGGAAAAGAGGGAGAAAUUUCUGUGCCCUACCUUACAUCAGUAACCGCACUUGUUGUCUGGGUUCCAGCCAGCCCUACCGAAAAGAUCGUGAGGGUAUUGUUUCCUGGAAAUGCACCACAAAACAAAAUCUUUGAGGGACUGGAAAAGCUAAGGCAUCUUGACUUCUUGCGUUAUCCGGUCGCUACUCAAAAAGACAUAUCAUCCGGAGGGCCCCCUUCAACAGUUAAACAAACCAAACUUAAGCCGAGGACUGACAGCAAGGAAAGCCUUAAGUCUUCACCCAAAUUACUUGCUACUACCAAAGCAAGCAAGAAAGAGGCGAACGAGGACAUCGAAUCAAAAAGUGACUCGGUAAAAGAAACGAAAACAGAAAAGAAGCCGAGUAAAUUGCAAGAGAGUAUAAAACCCACUAAACCAGUGAAAGCCAGCACAGAUACAACCAUUACAGUAAAGCAGGAGAAAAAGAAGUUAAGAGAGAGAUCCCCUAAGAAACAUGUCAAGUCAUCCAAAACAGAGGAAAAGAAAGAUAAAGAAAAGAAACAGAUAAAGAAAGAAAAGAAAGAUUCCGUUAAGAAAGAUGACAACAAAGAAUCCAAACUGAAGGAAGUAAGUAAGCCGGAAUUAAGGAAGAUCACCAAACCUGACUUAAAACCCUUUACCCCCGAGGUCAAAAAGACUCUUAACAAAGCGAAGGUUCAGGCCAAACCAAAGGCUGAAAAAACUAAAGCGAUUAAAGAGCGAGAGAACAGACCUGCUGCAAAACAGGUUUCAAAAGAGAUACAGGAAAAUGACAGAUCCCUGGUAUCCUCCCCAGAAGAUCUCACCAAGGAUUUUGAGGCACUGAGACAAGAGGAACUUUCUGAGCUUGCAAAUAGCAAAGCGCUUUCAAAUCUGGAAAAUACAGCUCUCCCGGACGCACACAUUGUGUCUCCAGAUGAAGGAAUACCCACUACUGACAACGAGACAGAAUCACCUCAUGAGGAAAAACACAUGUAUGGAGAGGAAAAGGCAGACAAAUCUCUAAUCAAAACUGCAGACAAAUUUGAGGAUGAGGGCGCUGCUACAGAGGAUGACUAUGAAGAAGAAUACAACACCGAAACCAAAAUAACUCCAGAUCUUACGGAGAAGGCGGAGGACGAAAAACGCAUGGACAUCCAGACGGACAAAGAACUUGAAAAGAAACAUAAAAAGAGCGACAGCGAGGAAGAAGAGGAUGUUAUAGAAAAAGCCGAGCUGGAAGAAGCAGAGGAUAUAGUUCAUGAGGAAGAGUUGAUAUAUAAAACCGAGGGGCCCAAAAAGGAAUACAUUAGUAAAGACUGCGACACCAAGCAUAUGGACACUAAAAUUAUCAAACCUGCAGGAGCCACCGAACACAUCUUGUUCAUACAAGAUGAAACCAUCCCUGGAUAUUCAGAGACCGAACAGACCAUAUCUGAUGAGGAGAUCCACGAAGAGCCUGAGGACAGGAUCCAUCAUCUCCACUAUGAUGAUGUCUCUGUCCCUGAUCAACCUGACUCUGUCUUCCAUGGCAUGAAAGACAUAAAACCCCCAGCAAUAUCUGUUGCCCAAGACUUAACAACAAAGAUGAGCCAGGCUCCAGUUUUAUCUACAUAUUCCGCAAAUAUUAUUGCAGCACCAUUGGCUGAAGAAGAACAUAUAUCCUCAGCCACCUCCAUUACAGAAUACGAUAAAUUAUCCUCUUUCGCAGCGUCGGUUACUGAAGAUCAGUCUAUUGCAUCUGUCACAGCACCUCCGACCGAGGAACUAGGGAAAAACUCGUUACUCCUGGACAACGCGAACAGUGCACAGUCGUCCAGUCGCACCGAAGGAAAGGAAUAUCUGCAUUCGGCUGGUACAAUCUCUCCAACCUCGUCUUUGGAAGAAGACAAAUGCUUCAAAUCACCCCCUUCAGAAGAGUGCCAACCCACAGUUCCAGAAAUAGAGACUACUCUCAAAAAACCCACCACUCAACCACAUGAAGAAGAUGAUGAUGACGAAGAAGAGGAAGAGGACCAGACACCCAAUGUUGACAUGCCUCUCGGAAAACUUCAUGAGAGUUAUGCAUCUGCCACUGUGAAAGAACAGCUUGAUAAAAGCCCCAUCUCGAUGGUAACUCUUUCCUCUUUGGAAACCCCUUGCAUCACACAAGAAAAGGAUGAGAAAGUUUCUCCAGAUGUGCCCAAAACAGAUGCUGCUGGGAAAACACUGUCUUUUGCACCCUGUGUCUUAGGCACCCCAGAAGCGAGUGGGGCUUCAGAACCUUCAGAGAGAUGUCUAAGUCCAGAUGAUAGCACCAUGAGGAUGGCGUCACCUACACAGUCAGGCCCUACCAGCAUUGGCUAUUCACCUACCGAGGAAAAGGCACCAAAGUCUUUAUCAAUUGAGAAAGAAGACAGAAUGGAAAAAGGCACGUACGACGUUCAAAUUUUGACUAAACAUGAAACAGACGGUGACGCAAACAAAAAGAUGAUUAAAAUCAUAGAUGAAGGCGACCCAGACAAAAUUGGUUUCUCAAGCACAAGGGCAACAUUUGAUGAUUCGGAAGACGAAGAAGAUGAUGUUGAAGACGAAGUAGAAGAGGAAGAAGAUUAUUUGGGGAAGGUAGAUUUUAAGAUCUGUCUUAAAACAAAAUACAAAGAAGAGAGGGAGAGCACAUUUCUUGAUGAAGAUGACACCUGUGAACAAGCGUUUAAGGAUGAUAAGCUCAUUAAACACGAGAAAGAGGAAACAGAGAAGAAAGAUCAACUGCCAGACAUGACCUAUAUGGAAAAAGAAGGCAAGGUGCUGAGCUCUGAAGAGGAGGAAGAGAGUGAAGACGAGGAAUGCACUUACUCGAGCAUAAAAGGGCCUCAGGACAAGUUGGACUCUGUGCCAGGAGCCUACAGCAAAAAAGACAUGACGUUCUCAGAGUUCUCAGAGAGACACGACUCUGAGACUGCAGUGACUUCCAAAAAUGGUGAUAAAAGCGUUCACUUUAACUUGUACUCCUUCCCGGAGUCUGAAAAAGAUGCUAAAGAAGACCAUAUGAGAGAGAUAAGGCAGGAUACACCAUAUGUUGGGAAGAGUUUUACUUAUUCUGAUGUAUAUGACAGUAAAUCCAGUUCAGUGGAUUCAUACUCUCCUAAUUUACCAAAAGACUGUGCUGAAAAGUCGGAUGAUCGUAUUGACUCUGUGAAGGAUAUAGAGAAAAAGGAUUCCUUUAUUGAAACGACAAAAAUGUCUGAUUUUGAUGAGUCUCCUCAAGUAAAAGACAUGCCAUCAUUAUCAGCAUCAUAUGGUGAAAGCAAAACAUCUAUGGAAUCGAAUGUUGGAUACAUUUCAGGUGAAAAAUCUACCGAUACAAUCCUUGAUGUUAAAUCGGAGACCAAGACAUCAUCUCAUUCAUUCUCACCAGAAAAAGACCUAUUUUCCAUCCAGUUUGAGCAGUCUACUGGAAAGACAAUAGGUGAAACUCUGUCAAGUGAUCAUGAAGAUGACUUUGCUACUUCUGGCUAUUUGGCUGCAAAAAACAGCACCUCUGCGGCAGCUCAGUCUUUCAGUGAGAUGGCGAGAGCAAGUGCGCUAGACAUGAAGAUGUUAGCACACGGAGAGGAUGACGACGACGAAGAAGAAGAGGAGACCGACGAAGAUGAUGACGAUGAUGAUCUUUACAGGAGACAUGUCAGUGACAUUGACAUGGAAAAAGAAAAAGGAAAAGACUUGUUGUCUGGUGCCACCAACAUAGUACCUCCGGAGUUCAAGGAGGAAAAGAAGGACACCUCACAGGACUAUAGGUCAGGAUGUGUCAGCUCUGACAUGCCCCCAGUUCCUCCUCCUUUCGAUCUGUCAAAGGGUCAAACAAAUGCUGAGGAACAUUUUGAAACAGGUAAAAAGGAAGCAGCAUCACCAUUUGCUGGCAGCCACAUGACGGAAUCACAUGAGGGACAUGAAUAUUCUUUUGAUGAGGUGAAAAAAUCUGUCCUCUCCAGCCACCCAGAGCACAAAGAUGAUAGUUAUGGUCAGUCUUUUUUCCCUAUGUCCACAAAGCCAAGCGAGGACAAAUAUCACCAUAAUGACAAAGACCUUGAGUUUGAAAAGCAAAAAUCACCAGAUGUUUUAGCGAAAAAAACAACAGACACCAUUUCACCAGGCUUCAGCUAUACAACUACAUCAGCCACUGCAUACUCCUCCUCAUCCUCCUAUAGUCAUUCAUCCUCUGCUUCUGCCUCUCUCUCUACAAGUCGUCAGUUCGGAGAUGAACUAGAAACCCCUGCCAGCGUUGGAUACGAGUAUUCACCUUUUAAAGAUGAGCAGUCACCUGUAAUAGAUUCACUAUUCUCCAGUUCUGGUGGGCUGGUUAAAGAUGACUAUUUGGAAGUGUCAGAGAAAGUGACACCUGCCACCAUAACAGCGGAAUCCACAUCCAGCCUAGCAAGGUUUUCACCGCUAUCACCUUUUGAGGAGAUCAAGUCGGUGACUUCGCAUUCAGUGGAUAAAAGAGAAGAACUUCUCAGAUCUUCCAGUAGUGUUUUGGAAAAAGGCCCGCAGGGUUCCUGCUUUUACAAGCCAGAUUGGGGGGCAGAUACAGGCCUGCAGGCUGAAUAUGGGGCUACAGGACCUUACAAUCCUCUUUCAGAGUCUACUGAGAAAGACAUGAUGAAAAAAGAUCUGUUCGGUGCUUCCUUAUCACCUCAUGCUGAUUUACCCGUGAAACAAUAUUACGAAGACACCGAGAGCAGUGAAGAGGAGGAAGGCUACAUUUGUGAGUCUGAACAGGACAAACUGCACUUCCAACUAUCUCCUUUUACAGCUGAAGUGGACAAGAAAGAUGAUCAUUUUUCGGUGUCUUCUGCCAGUAAAGUGGGCACAUUUCCAGAUGUGCUUAUUCAUGCUUCUUCAAAACCGGAUACUGCAAAUGGUCCUGCAGAGGUCACCAUGGCAGCUCCAGAGGCCUUUGCUGAUGUCAGCAAGGUUACAUCAAAAACCGAACUGAAAAGCGAGCAAUUUGAAGCCUGCAAAAAAAAGAACCCGUUCGAAUGGGAAAUGAAGCAGCAAAGAGGCGUCUACCCAGGAGAAUCGCCCCCUCAUUAUCGUCACGAGGAUGAGUAUGAGGAAGAACAGGAAAAGGAGCCUGAUCAUCCGCCUCGUCCUCUUUCCCUUUCAUCUGCCGAUCAGUCUUUCCCAUCUUCCUUCUAUAAAGAAGAUUCAAGCAGGCAAGAUGAUUUCGAUCAUCCUUCCAAUUCAGACAUGGGUGCCAGCUCCUUCUCUUCAUCCCCAGCCUACUCUUCCUCUGAGUACAAACAGAGAAAGGGAGACACCUCGCCAUCUUUUAUCAAUCCAAGCAUUUGCCAGCUGUCCAGUGAUGAAGAAGCUGAUGAACAAAACAGCCAGGAUGCAGAUCAGCAACACCCUGCAGGCAAGAAACGAUCCUACAACCAGCCACUUCAUGGGUCCUACAGAGAGGACAGUGAAUCAUAUCGCCUCUCUGGAGCCAUGGCUGCAGGAACUGGCUUAGCUGGAGAGGACACACCUCCGACCUCAGUAAGCGAAUCUCUGCCCUCACAGACAGACUCGGACGUUCCACCAGGAACAGAGGAUUGUCCCUCUAUCACAGCAGAAGCCAAUGCAGAAUCGGAUGAGGAUGCCGAUUACCUCCCUGUAGACAAAUCAUCUGGAGCCUACAGUGGAAAGCACUCCUCAUCCCGCUCUGAGAAAAGUCAUGAUCCCCUGCCCUCACCGAUGAUGGAUCCAACCCCUUACCCACCUCGGCCUGAUGUCUGCAUGGUAGACCCCGAUGCUAUGUCCAGCCUCACCGACAAACCUUUAAAGAAAGAUUCGAAAGCGAAGAGCCUUCGCAAAGUAAGUAAGUCGAGGUCGCCAGCCAGGAAAGCCGAUGCCAUUUGUAAGAGGUCUCCGUCAAAGGAAUCUUCUCCACGUACCACCUCGCUGAAGAAGAAGGACCUGGAAGAUGACCUGUCCAAGUCAAGUCACAACACGGGCAAGGGCCUAGUCAACGGAAUUAAAACUAUUUCAGGCUCAAAUCCUCCAAAAUCCAGUUCAGCCGUGCCCUCUGCUUCUCCCAUCUUUGUGGACUUGGCCUACAUUCCCAACCACUGCAGUGCUAAAAAUGUCGACCAGGAGUUCUUCAAACGUGUUCGCUCUGCCUAUUAUGUAGUGAGCGGGAACGACUCCAGCAGCGGAGAGCCUAGCCGUGUGGUCCUGGAUGCACUGCUGGAGGGAAAAGCACAAUGGGGCUCUAAUCUCCAGGUGACGCUGAUUCCUACACAUGACACCGAAGUGAUGAGGGAGUGGUAUCAGCAGACCCAUGAGAAGCAACAGGAGCUGAAUAUCAUGGUGCUGGCUAGCAGCAGCACAGUUGUGAUGCAGGAUGAAUCAUUCCCCGCUUGUAAGAUCGAGUUCUAAAUCUGGCACGGCUCCCAGGUUCACACUUUUACAGUUCUACGCCUUAUUUCUUCAGUGUUAAAAAAACUCCCUCAGAUAACAUUGUGCAUAGUCGGUCAGUAUCUCUCUCUCUCUCUCUCUCUCUCUCUCUCUCUCUCUCUCUCGUACAACAUUCCCUAACCUGAACGAGGAUGGUAUCAUCCGGAAAGACUCGGAAAAGGAUGUGCCUUUGAUGUUUGGAUUUUUAAUUUUCUCCCUUUAACGAAGAAAGAAACACGUACGAUCUUUCCCAUUUAUAUAGUUUUUCCUGGCGUGUCGAAUGGCAUCCAUUUUUUUUCAUUUCAAGCUCGUUUGAAGUUUCCCAUUAUUGUUUCUCUUUUCAUUUCCGCACGUAUCGUUCUUCUGCACGCACCUAUAUGUUCUCGGUUCUCAUGAUCAUACACACACACACACACACACACACACACACACACACACACACACACACAAUACACACGAAAUCACUAUCAACCAGAUUCAUUUAUUAUUCUUCAGAAAGCGAUAUUUUACUAUCAUUCAAAACAACGCUUUAUAUAACGCUUAAAUACUUUAAAAUAUUAAAAUAAAUACUUUAUAUUAACGCUUUAGUUUGUCCUGGUCAGAAUGACAAAACCGCAACAUAUUUCUGCAUAUUUUAACGCUGAGAAACGCGAUUUUUCUUACUUUAUUUUCAUCAUUUCCGCCUCUGUAUCUAAGCGCAUAGAGAAGACCAACCUGACCGAUAAUAGGAGACACGAUCGAUCUGACGUUCUUCUCCGUCUUAGCGUAAAAAUCGAAGAAUUAGAUUAUAUGUAGGAUAAGUCUGUGUUUUCUGUGGACCAUUCGUUUGUGCGGUGUGUGCUGUCGAAGUGGAGCUAAACACAACAAAAAAAUACCCUUUACAUGUAUAUUUUGACAAUUGCAGAUGAAAUGUAUCAGCACCUUAUAAUGAUUUCUUCCUUUUCGUUUUUUAAUUUUUUUUAAUUUUUGCUUUAUGUAAUGCUUUGUAAAUAUAGAAAAAUUGGGGAAAGAAUCUAAAAGUCUAAGCCAAAGCAAUAGAAAAAAGAAAAAAAAAAAGAUUGUGAAUGUUGCGUUGCUGGAGCGCCGGUAUGAGUCUGUGAAAUGCUCCAGAUUGGGGUGUGAAUGCUACGGGGAUAAGGUUAUGUGUUCCCUGCACAAGUGUGGGUGGAAUUAACGACUAUGAAUAACCGGCAUCUUUUUCCCAGGAGUUAAUACAGAACCAUCUUAGUUUGGGGAGUUGAUAAGCACAUUGUGGAUCGGUUUCUUUUAUUAUUGAGCCGAAAUAUUUCAACCUUAUUGAAUAAUAACCCCAAAUUAGUCGAUAUUAGUAAUUUUGAUGCGUCUUGAACAGAGGUGAUUUUAAACCACGGUGAAAAAUAGAGUUUGAGGGUUGAGCGGAAAUAGAGGAUCUGGCAGCUUUAAGGAUUUUCAGCUCCCUGCAGUGACUACAGCGAACAAACAUGGAGGACACCGACUCCCAACACACACACACACACAUUAAGGCUAACGUCUGCGCUAAUCGAGAAAAACAUGCUCCACGUCCACAAUAUCGUUUUCGAACGUUUCCCAAAGGUUGCUCACCCUCACUGAAACUUCUGAAAACGUGUUUACGGAUGGACCUGCGUCAUUUCCGCCUGCCGUUUAUUUACUUUCCAGCAAUAUUUGAAACGCCCCCGUUUUUGAAAAGCCUCUAUUUUCCCUGCGGUUUAAUAAUAAUUUCUUUAAAAAUAAAAUGUGGUUUCAAAUUGAUCCACUUCGGAGAGCAUGUUUAAAAAGCUACGUUUUCGUCUAUUAAAAACGCGUCUCGGUGUGGACGGAAAACUAAAAUGGAGAGAAAAAUGUGUUUUUAAACGAAAAUGUAGUAGUCUUUCCUGGUGCAUUGUCACUUGCUGAUCGCUACAACUAUUUACAUUCAUGACAUUUGGCAGACGCAAUUAUUCUCAUUAUAAAGGUCCAACAGGGACUUGAACUAGUGGUGGGAUUUUAACUCACAACCUUCCGAUCAAAAAUGUCAAACAUCUUACUUUCCUAUUUCACAAUUUUGACUUUCCUGUCGUUUUGGAUCUGUUUUUCCAGUGUGCUAAUCACUCAUAACAUGACAUCUGGGCUGUAGUAGUAUGAGGACCAGUGUGUUUUGUUUGUUGGAAAUUGGAGUUUGUGUCCUCCAUGUUUGUUUGCUGUAGCAACUGCAGGGAGCUGGAGGGUCGACCUGGAUUAGAGCUGACAGGAUUCCCAUUUUGAGAGCGAAUUUGAGAUCAAGUUUGCAUGUAUAUUAAUAAUAAUAACAGAGGGAAAAAAAGUUUCUCGAACAGUUUGAAUUAGUGGGAUUCAAUUCAGCAUAGUAUCAUUUUUGCAGGAAAUGUGGCUCUCUGUAUCUCUGUAUCAUGUGAAAAUGUCAUGAUGGAAGAAAAAAUAGUUUUGGUCACUAAUCAGUGAGAUUUGUUCAUUUAAAACAACCAAAUGUACAUUUUUAUUUACUUUACUUAUUUGGAAUCCAAAAAUGAUAGCCAGCUGUUUUUUUUAAACCGUAUCUUUAUCUAUUAUCAUUCAUGUUUACAACAACUUUUUAGCUGCUCGGUAUUGAUUUCCAAGUGCUACAUACGAAGACGUUUUCUCGCUACCAGAGGGUGAAGACGGACACGUACAAGGAAAAUUUAGCGAAAACAAAAAUGCUCUUGUGUAUCUGACUGCCAGAUCAUGUGACCAGAUCACUGAUCAAAUUUUAUAUUCGAGGUUUUUAAGUGGUGACCAUUCUUUUUAUUUUUUUCUCGCGAGUUAAUGAACAACGUAACAAACUAAAUAAAACGUGAACUCAUCGAUGUGCUGUGUAAAAAAAAAAAAAAAAAAAAAAUGUACCUUCUUUAGAUGCAUUUUGAAUAAUUCACAUCUUGACAGUAAUAGAUGAUUAGAAUUCAGCUUUCCAUUCAGCCUGGCUAGAUUCUGCAUGUGAUCUUCAAUUUAAACGUGUAUGUUCAAUGACAUUAAAUACAGUACUAUUUUAAAAUAUAUAUAUAUAUAUAUAUAUAUAUAUAUAUAUAUAUAUAUAUAUAUAUAUAUAUAUAUCAAAAUGUCUCAAUGGUCUCUAUGGCACAUAUAUAACUGGGCCACGCUCUCGUUGAACUCUGUGCGGUGUUUAAAAAGAACAUACUGUGUGCUUUUUCGUUUUUUUCCCCCUCGAGGUAAAUUUAUCCGAUUACGUUUCGACGUUUUCUCUUUUGCUCUUUUAUUUCGAUGUGCAAUAUUGUGUUUCGUCGAGAUCUCUCUAAAUGUAGAAUAUCGACAGAUUUGUUGUAAAAGGGUCAACCUGGUGAUCACCAAUAAAAUACAGUCGUUGAAAAAUU